AUGAAAGGACGCCGCCCAUCGACAAAGCCAUCGACGAAGAAAGCUGCUUCGGCUGCGAAUGCCGCUGUUUCUGGUCCCCAGAAUCAGAAUGCCGGUGAGGAGAAUGACAGUGGAUCCAGGGAUAAUGAGGAGGAGGAUGAAGAGGAGUAUGAAGAUGAGAACAAAGGCGGUGGUCCUCCUGGUGGUGGUCCUCCCGGCGGUGGUCCUCCUGCCGGAGAGGGUAUGCUGCGGGAUCUGCCUUUGCAGGAUAGACAGGCUAUCCGAGACCUCUACCAUCAAGUUCAUGCGAGCCACGCCACAUUCGCCAACGCGCCGACGGCCGCUUUUGUGGCAGGGUCCGAAGACGAAGCACAAGCUAUGGCCAGAUAA